CCGGCAAUUUAACCUGUUUGAAAUCAAGUCUCGAGAAUUUGAUUAGGAUCAACAAAUCAAGAUAGAAAUUAAGUUUGUUUUGAUCAAUGGAGACCCUUAGCCUGGUGAGCGGCGUGACCACCAUCGUCAAGCUGGCGAACGACAUCGACGGCGCGGUCAAGGCGGCGAGCCGGAGCAAGAAGAGCUGCGAGAAGCUCGCCGAGCGCGUGGCCGACAUCGGCGACCUCCUCAAGGGGGUAGACACCUCCUCGCCGUCGACGGCGGCGGUGGCCACGAGGAGGCUGGUGGGCAGGCUGGAGAGGGCGCUCCGCCGCGCGCUGCUGCUCGUCACCUCCUGCCAGUCCACCAGCCGCAUCUACAGCCUCGUCGCCGGCGGGUGGCAAGCCGAGCAGUUCGACAAGGUGAACUCCGAGAUCGACCGGUGUCUCCUCGACCUCAGCCUCUCCAGCCUCGCCCUCGUCUCCACCAUUGAUCACAAGCUCAACGCCGCCGCCGCCGCCGGUGAACGGAACACCGUCGAGGUCGUCGCGCCGCCCCCGCCGGUGAAGUGCAGUCACGAUCAUGAUCAGGAUGACGGCGAGGACAAGAUGGCGGCCGGCGGCGCGGCUGAGAAGAAUGGCGAGCUUAUCUGCUUCGGCGGCGAGCAAGACGGCAAGGCUGAGACGGACGCCGGCGAGGUCACCACCACCACCACCACCAUCGGUGUGCCGGCGGCCACGGCGGCAUACAUGCACUACCAUCUGUCGCCGCCGCCGCCGCCGCCGUGUUACGGAUACCACUUGCAUUAUUGCCACUGCACCCAUGGCCACUGUCACUGCGCCGGCGGCCGCCACUACUCGCCGUCGUACUACUCCGACGACAGCGCUGACGUCAGGCUCCGGCAUAUGUUCAGCGAUGAAAAUCCCAACGCUUGCUGCAUCAUGUGACUCUGAGCUCUCAAACGUGAUAGGCCAAUUAGUUAGAAAACUAGGAAGGUCGCCCGCGCACAUGCGCGAGCACCUUAUUUAAUGCUGAUUUAGUUUUUAUUACGAAUGUUUAAUUCUUUUAGAUAUACUCAUUUUAUUAGUCUUACUAAAAUGUUUGAAUGUUUCUAUUUAGAAUUAAUAA